AGAGAGCAACUCACACAGCGGUGUGAAGUCGUCCCCUCCUCCUCCUCUUCAGGAAGCAGGAACCGAAAGCAGUGCUCCCGCCUCGGCUUCCUCCCCGCGCUCCCCGGAGUGGCCCUGUCUUCCGCUGCUGGCCAUGCCGGCCAGGGGAAGGUAAUGAGCCGCAGAACCCCGGGGUCUCGGCUGAGCAGCAGCAAGCAGUACCAGCGGAGCUGGAAUGACUGGCAACCCAGACCUGAAAGUGCUUCAGCCGACCAGGACAAUUUAAAAUACUCUACCUCCAGAGACCGGGGCAAUUCUGCCUCAUAUGGAUCGCAUACUUCCAAUUCAGCCGGGCUUUCUCGACAAAAGCAUGAUGAUGUCACGGUGUCUUCUGAUGUGCACAACGAAGAUGAAGAUGGCUACAGUGUCAAUGGAGGAGCUAGUGAAAAUGCUUUUGGUCGGAAGUCGUUGGGGCAAGAGCUGAGGGUUAACAAUGUAAGCCCUGAUUUCACUGUCCAGCAUGGAAACCGUGCUUUAGCCACAAAAGAUAUGAGGAAAUCCCAGGAACGAUCGCUUUCCUAUUCUGAAGAGUCUCGGCUGUCGAAUCUUCUUCGGAGGAUCACCCGGGAAGACGACAGGGACCGAAGACUGGCUACUGUUAAGCCGCUGAAAGAAUUUAUUCAGCAGCCAGAAAACAAAAUGGUGCUGGUUAAACAACUUGACAAUAUCCUGACUGCUAUAAAUGAUGUGUUAAAUGAAAGUAGCAAACUGCUUCAAGAACUGCGGCAGGAGGGGGCACAGUGCCUUGGCUUGCUCUGUGCUGGUCUGAGCUAUGAGGCAGAGAAGAUCUUUAAGUGGAUUUUUAACAAAUUUAGCUCAUCUUCUAAAGAUGAAGUGAAACUACUUCUACUUUGUGCAUCCUACAAAGCUUUGGAAACUGUAGGGGAAAAGAAGGCAUUUUCUUCAGUAAUGCAGUUGGUUAUGACCAGUCUGCAGUCUAUAUUGGAGAACCUGGACACACCAGAAUUGCUGUGCAAAUGUGUAAAAUGUAUCUUGCUUGUGUCCCGGUGCUACCCACAUAUUUUCAGCACAAACUUCAGGGACACAGUUGACAUUUUGGUUGGAUGGCAUAUAGAUCAUACACAAAAACCUUCUCUCACACAACAGGUGUCUGGAUGGUUACAGAGUCUAGAACCCUUUUGGGUUGCAGAUCUGGCAUUUUCCACAACUCUACUGGGUCAGUUUUUGGAAGACAUGGAAGCCUAUGCUGAGGAUCUUGGCAAUGUAGCUUCUGGUGAAUCCGUAGAUGAAGACAUUCCUCCUCCAUCAGUUUCAUUGCCUAAGCUUGCUGCUCUUCUCAGAGUAUUUAGUACUGUGGUACGUAGUAUUGGGGAACGAUUCAGUCCAAUUCGCGGACCUCCCAUUACCGAAGCAUACGUCACAGAUAUUCUAUAUCGAGUAAUGAGGUGUGUAACAGCAGCCAAUCAGGUAUUUUCUUCAGAGGUUGUACUGACAGCUGCCAAUGAAUGUGUGGGUGUUCUGCUUGGCAGUAUGGAUCCUAGCAUGGCAAUUCACUGUGAGAUGGUAAUUGCAUAUGGAUUAGACCAACUGGAGAAUUGCCAAGCAUCUGAAACAGAUUACAUUAUCUCAGUCCUGCACUUACUUACUCUGAUGGUUGAACAAAUUAAUACUAAAAUACCCUCAACUUUUGUGGAGAAACUUUUUGUACCAGACUCGAAGCUGCUUUUGAUACGUUACCAUAAGGAAAAGGAGGUAAUAGAUGCAGCACAUUCACUCUACCAGGCAGUGCUGACCCUGAAGAACAUUCCAGUUUUGGAGACUGCGUACAAACUGAUUUUGGGAGAAAUGACAUGUGCUUUAAACAGCCUCUUGACCUGCCUGCAGCUGCCUGAAGCUUGUGCUGAAAUUCAGCAUGAGGCUUUUAAGAACCAUACGUUCAGUGUGGACAAUGCAAAGUUUGUUGUUGACUUUGACUUAAGCAUUUUGACGACCAUUGGAAAUGCCAAGAACUCACUAAUUGGGAUGUGGGCGCUCUCUCCUACAGUGUUUGCUUUACUGAGCAAGAAUUUAAUGAUCGUUCACGAGGACAUAGCCGUUCACUAUCCAUCAGUGCAGUAUGCAGUGCUUUAUACGUUGUAUUCACAUUGUACAAGACACGAUCACUUCAUCUCCAGUAGUCUUAGUACCUCAUCCCCUUCCUUAUUUGAUGGAGCAGUGAUUAGCACUGUGACUACUGCCACAAAGAAGCAUUUCUCUGUCAUCUUGAAUCUCUUGGGAAUGUUGCUUAAAAGAGACAACCUUAACCAGGAUGCCAGGAAACUACUAAUGGUGUGGGCUUUGGAAGUUGCCGCGCUUAUGAAGAAAUCUGACACUUAUGCUCCCUUAUUCUCACUACCAUCUUUCCACAAGUUCUGCAAAGGUCUACUGGCAAAUACUCUUUAUGAAGAUGUGAACAUUAGCCUGCAGGCCUGCAACAGCCUUCAUAUUUUGUCGUCCUCUUUACCAGAAGACCUGCUUCAGAGGUGCAUUGAUGUGUGCCGUGUGCAGCUUGUCUCCAGUGGAAUUCGGCUAAGACAAGCUUUUGGGAAACUCUUGAAGUCUAUUCCAUUGGACAUUGUUUUAAGUAACACCAAUCACAUAGAAAUGCAAGAAAUUUCGACUGCAAUAAGAAACCACAUGAGCAAAUCUCCCUGCAACACAUUCCACCCUCAAGACUUCUCUGAUGUCGUCAGCUUUAUUCUGUAUGGGAGCACUCAUAGAUCAGGAAAGGACAAUUGGUUGGAGAGGCUAUUUCACAGCUGCCAGAGGCUUGAUAAACGUGAUGCUUUACUCAUUCCCCGUAAUCUGCUGAAGGCAGAUGCUGUCUUGUGGCAGUGGGCAGUGUGGGAGGCUGCUCAGUUCACGGUCUUGUCUAAAUUACGGACUCCCUUGGGAAGAGCACAAGAUACGUUCCAAACUAUUGAAGGCAUUAUUCGAAGCCUUGCAGCCCACACUCUAAAUCCAGACCAGGAUGUUAGUCAGUGGACAACUGCAGAGAACGAUGAAGGACAUGCCAACAACCAAUUACGUUUAGUGCUCCUUCUCCAAUAUCUGGAAAACCUAGACAAACUGAUGUACAAUGCCUAUGAAGGAUGUGCCAAUGCAUUAACCUCCCCUCCUAAGGUUAUCAGGACCUUCUUUUAUACUAAUCGACAAACAUGCCAAGAUUGGCUCACUCGAAUUCGAAUUGCCAUUAUGCGAGUGGGUUUGUUGGCUGGGCAGCCAGCUGUUACAGUUAGACAUGGCUUUGACCUGCUUGCAGAGAUGAAGAACAGCAGUGCACCUCAGGGGGCAGAACUUGAGUUGUCAGUAAUGAUGGUAGUGGAGGCUCUGUGUGAACUUCAGUGUCCCGAAGCUAUACAGGGGCUUACAGUGUGGUCAUCUGCUGUUGCUGGCAAAACCCUUUCUUGGAUAAAUUCUGUAGCUCUGCAAGCCGAUGGGAGGUUUGAGAAAGCUGCUGUGGAAUACCAAGAACAUUUAUGUGCCAUGACUGGGGUGGACUGCAGUACCCCUGGCUUUGAUAAGAUAGUUCUAAAAUUGGCUAAUUCCAGCAGCACCUCUGCCAGCCCCAAACAUGCAAAUGGGGAUGUCCGUAAGACUGUUCUAACAAAGCCUAGUGACCCUGUGCCUGAAGUGAUCAACUACUUGAGCAACAAGGCUUGUGAGUGCUACAUUUCAAUUGCUGAUUGGGCAGCAGUCCAAGAGUGGCAAAAUGGCAUGCAUGACCUGAAGAAAAGUGCAGUGGGCAGCUCUGUUAACCUGAAGACUGACUUCAACUAUAUAAAGGCUUUGAGCAGUUUUGAAUUUGGUGAAUUUCAUGAAUGUGCAGAGCAGCUAGAGUUGCUUCCUGGAGAAAAUUUAAAUCUAAUAAAUGGUGGCUCAAAGGAAAAAAUAGACAUGAAGAAACUGCUUUCAAAUAUGCUCAGCCCAGACCCUAGAGAACUUCAAAAGUGUAUAGAGGUUCAGUUGCUAAGAAGUUCCGUGUGCCUCAGCCUAGCUUUAAAUGAUGCAGACCAAGAACAGAAGUGGCAAGCAGUCUCAGAAAGUCUCAGCAGACACUUGAAGCAAACGGCACGCAUAGCAAUGGGGCCACUGAGGCUAUCGACUCUUACAUUAUCGCAGUGUUUGCCUGUACUGGGAACAUUACAACUAUACUGCUCAUCAUCUCUUGAGAGUACAGUGUCCAGCAAGCUUACAUCUGAGGACUGUCUGAUCCCUCUGUUCAGUGAAGCUUUGCGCUCAUGUAAACGGCAUGAUGUCAGACCAUGGAUACAUGCUUUAAGAUACACAGCUUUUCAAAACCAACUUGCAGAAAGAUUCAAAGAACCAACAGUGCCGAUAAAAAGUCAUCUGAUGGAAUUGGGAUUAACGGCUGCCAAAUGUGCCAGAAAACAUGGAAACGUCACUCUUGCUGCACGAUUGCUUGCUCAGUGCAGUGAAAUCAAUUUAGGACAAGUGAGCAAUGCUCAGGAAUUAGUCACUCAUUUUAAGAAACUUUCACUCAGCGGGCAGAUGGAUGAGAAGUGGGGACCGGAACUUGAUAUUGAAAAAGCCAAGCUACUGUAUGCUGCAGGUCAGUCUGCUCAUGCCAUGGAAAUGCUAAGUUCUUGUGCUAUCACCUUCUGCAAGUCUGCAAAAGCAGAGUAUUCUGUGGCCAAAUCUAUCCUAACACUGGCAAAAUGGAUCCAAGCUGAUUGGAAGGAAAUAUCAGGCCAGAUGAAACAAGUAUACAGGGUGCGCCAGCAAUCAAACCUCUCCAACCUUUCUACACUGGGAAAAAAUGUACACACAUUAAUUGAUCUACCACCUGUAAAUGCUGUGGAUGAGGAGUAUCUACCUAUUGAAAGCGAAUCUACAGUGAACAUCGGAGUAGGUGAGCCUGACUUCAUUCUGGGCCAGCUGUACCACUUGUCAUCUGUGCAAGCACCUGAAGUGGCCAAGUCUUGGGCUGCACUGGCUAGCUGGGCUUAUAGAUGGGGAAGAAAGGUGGUAGAUAACGCUAGUCAAGGGGAAGGUGUGAAAUUAUUACAGCGUGAAAAAUUAGAAAUGCAAAACCUACUGCCAGAUAAUGUAUCUGAUGACGACAAAGAGAAGAUCUAUGGUAUCUUGGGCCAGGCAAUGUGUCGACCAGCUGGAAUACAGGAUGAGGACAUGUCACUUCAGAUUACAGAGACUGAGGGCAACAAUGAAAAUGACACUGUAGAUGUGAUUUGGAGGCAGCUCUUGACCAGUUGCCCAUGGUUAGCAGAACUUGAUGAAGCAGCUUCAGAGGGUCUCAUCCAACUUUGGAGGAAAGUUGUGGACCGGAUUUUCAGCCUCUAUAAAUUAUCAUGCAGUGCAUAUUUUACAUUCUUGAAACUGAAUGCUGGAAGGGUUUCAUUGGAUGAUGAUGACCCUCGUCUGCAGUUAAAUGUUCCUUUCAAGCAAAGCACAGAUGAUGCUAUAGUCAUGGCCACGCUUCGACUUCUCAGACUGCUAGUUAAACAUGCUGGAGAGCUUAGACAGUACUUGGAACAGGGCCUGGAGACCACACCCACUGCUCCCUGGAGAGGUAUAAUACCUCAGCUUUUUUCACGUCUCAACCACCCUGAGGUAUAUGUUCGUCAAAGUAUUUGUAGUCUACUGUGUCGAGUAGCACAUGAUUCGCCUCACCUCAUUCUCUACCCAGCAAUUGUGGGAAGUAUCUCAUUGAGUAAUGAAUCCCAGUCUUCAGGAACCAAAUUGUCGUCAGCCAUUCCCACUUUAUUGGGUAACAUCCAGGAUGAUGAGCUUAUGGGUGGGGAGUGUGAUGAUGGCAGUCUACCAGCUUCACAAGAAAGCAAUAGAGAGGAAUUGAAAAAUAUCCUGAAUGAAGACCAAGCCAUGAUGCAAGAUUGUUACAGUAAAAUUGUUGACAAGCUGUCUUGUGCCAACCCUACCAUGGUUCUGCAGGUUCAGAUGUUGGUAGCUGAACUGAGAAGAGUAACUGUGCUUUGGGAUGAGCUCUGGCUGGGUGUUUUGUUACAACAACACAUGUAUGUUCUCCGACGAAUUCAACAGCUGGAGGAUGAAGUCAAAAGGGUGCAGAACAACAAUACUCUGAGGAAGGAGGAAAAGAUUGCCAUAAUGCGUGAAAAGCACACCGCACUCAUGAAACCUAUUGUGUUUGCCCUUGAGCACGUUUGUAGUAUUACUUCGACACCUGCUGAGACACCCCAUGAAAAAUGGUUCCAGGACACCUAUGGGGAGGCUAUUGAAAAUGCUCUAGAAAAACUUAGAAAUCCAUCCAAUCCUGCCAAUCCUGGAAACGGCUGGAUGCCAUUCAAGCAGGUUAUGCUAAGCUUGCAGCAAAGAGCACAGAAACGGACAAGCUACUUGUUACGACUUGAAGAAAUUAGCCCUUGCUUGGCUUCCAUGACAAACACUGAAAUAGCCUUACCAGGGGAAUUCUCAGACAGAGACGCCAUCACAAUUCACAGUGUAGGCAGUACUAUCACUAUCUUACCUACAAAAACAAAACCAAAAAAGUUCAUCUUUCUGGGAUCUGAUGGUAAAAACUACCCAUAUCUUUUCAAAGGUUUGGAAGACUUGCAUCUUGAUGAACGCAUUAUGCAGUUCCUCUCUAUUGUCAAUACCAUGUUUGCAACAAUUAAUGGUCAAGAGUCUCCCCGUUUUCGUGCAAGACACUAUUCAGUCACACCCCUUGGCACUCGGUCUGGGCUUAUUCAGUGGGUGGAUGGAGCCACUCCUCUUUUUGGUCUUUAUAAACGAUGGCAACAGAGGGAAGCUGCUUUGCAAGCACAAAAGGCCCAAGAUUCCUAUCAGACUCCUCAAAAUCCUGCAAUGGUUCCCCGACCCAGUGAACUCUACUACAGUAAAAUAGGUCCAGCCCUCAAAGUGGUUGGGCUGAGCUUAGAUGUGUCUCGUCGAGACUGGCCUCUUAAUGUGGUGAAGUCUGUACUAGAGGAAUUAAUGGAAUCCACUCCUCCAAACCUGCUGGCUAAAGAAUUGUGGUGCUCAUGUGCUACAGCUGAUGAGUGGUGGAAGGUUACGCAGUCCUACGCCAGAUCAACAGCUGUAAUGUCAAUGGUUGGCUAUAUCAUAGGUCUGGGUGACAGGCAUUUGGAUAAUGUUCUGAUUGACAUGACAAGUGGUGAAGUAGUUCACAUUGACUACAAUGUCUGCUUUGAAAAAGGGAAGAGCCUACGCGUUCCUGAAAAGGUUCCCUUCCGAAUGACCCAAAAUAUUGAAAGUGCACUGGGCGUGACAGGAGUGGAGGGAGUUUUUCGUCUGUCUUGUGAGCAGGUCCUCCAUAUAAUGAGAAGAGGAAGAGAGACAUUACUGACAUUGCUUGAGGCUUUUGUUUAUGACCCUCUUGUGGACUGGACUGCAGGGGGAGAGGCGGGAUUUGCAGGUGCAGUCUACGGCGGAGGAGGACAACAGGCUGAAAACAAGCAAAGCAAACGAGAGAUGGAAAGAGAGAUCACACAAAGCCUCUUUUCCUCCAGAGUGGCUGAAAUAAAGGUGAACUGGUUUAAGAACCGGGAUGAGAUGCUAAGUGUCCUGCCUAAGCUAGACAGUAGCUUAGAGGAAUAUCUAAACUUGCAUGAAGAAUUGACAGAGGUGGAAAAGCUGCAAACCCGACUCGUGGAGGAGAUGAGCUUCUUGGAAGGAGCUGAAGCCCCAGAUCAUCCUGCUCAUACACUGCAGCACAGAUAUUCAGAGCACACCCAGCUUCAGACGCAGCAGAGGGCAGUCCAGGAAGCCAUCCAAGUGAAGCUGAAUGAAUUUGAGCAGUGGAUCACACAGUAUCAAACUGCCUUCAACAAUCUGGAGGCCACUAAACUGGCAGGCCUGCUUCAAGAAAUAAGCAGCCAGAUGGAUUUGGGUCCUCCCAGCUAUGUACCUGCCACAGCUUUCCUACAAAAUGCUGGCCAGGCACAUCUCAUCACACAGUGUGAGCAAUACGAGGCAGAGAUGGGAACCUUGCUACAACAGAGACGCUCUGUGCUUCGGGGCUGCUUGGAAAAUCUUCACAACUACGCAACUGUAGCGCUUUUGUACCCCAAAUCAGUGUUCCAAAAACACAGAAUGGAGCAGUGGAAGACCUGGAUGGAGGAACUUAUAUGCGACAUGACCAUGGAGCACUGUCAGGAAAUAUAUACAAAGUAUGAAUUGCAAUAUGCUCCUCAGCCCCCCCAAGCUGUCUGUCAGUUCCUUUCUGCCACUGAGUUGGCCCUGCAGCGCUAUUAUGCUGAUACAAAUAACAGGCUUUUGAGGCAAGUAGAACGACUGAAACAGGAGGUGGCAACAGUUCCAGUUUGUGAAGAGCAACUAAAAGAAAUUGAGCGCUGUAUUAAAGUUUUUCUGCAUGAAAAUGAUGAAGAGGGUUCACUGAGUCUGGCUAGUGUGGUCGUAUCUGCGCUCUGCGCUCUCACAAGACGUAAUUUGAUGAUGGAAGGAGCUGCUUCCAGUGCUGGAGAACAACUGGUGGAUCUUACAUCUCGGGAUGGAGCUUGGUUCUUAGAGGAGCUCUGCAGUAUGAGUGGCAAUGUUACAUGUCUUGUCCAGUUAUUAAAGCAAUGCAAGCUUAUCCCUCAAGAUAUGGAUAUACCCAAUCCACUAGAGGCUUCUGAAACUGUACAUCUGGCUAAUGCAGUUUACAUUUCUUUACAGGAAUUGAACUCAAAUUUUCGUCAGAUUAUUUUCCCUGAAGCGCUCAGAUGCUUAAUGAAAGGAGAGCAGACACUUGAGAACAUGCUUCAAGAGCUUGAUAACCUGAUAGAGCAGACCACUGAUGGGACUUCACUACAGGACAUGGUGGAGUUACUGCAGACUUACCUAAGAAAUGCAGCCAUGGGCCUGGAAGAUGAGGCAAAUGCUCACUAUAUUGAUGUUGCAAGGUUACUUCAUUCUCAGUAUGGAGAGUUAAUUCAGCCAAGGAAUGGCUCAGUGGAAGAAACUCCAAAAAUGUCUGCUGGUCAGAUGCUGUUGGUUGCUUUUGAUGGGAUGUUUGCUCAAGUUGAAACCGCAUUUGGCUUGCUACUGGAGAAGUUAAAACAGAUGGAAAUUUCACAUGCCUGGAGAAAGGUUGAUAUCAUCCGUGAAGCAAGAAGCACACAGGUGAACUUUUUUGAAGAUGACGAACUUCGCCGUGUGUUGGAUGAAAUAUUUUUCUUGAAAAGAUUACAAACAAUCAGAGAAUUCUUCCGCCUUUGUGGCAUAUUUUCUCAAACCUUGUCGGGAAAAUGCCCGGUUGAUGAACAAACUCCUGGUAAUGGACCUGUGCAGCUGGUCAAUGUAAAAACAAUGUACAGAAACUCCUGCUUUAGUGAAGACCAAAUGGCCAAACCAAUCAAAUCUUUUACAGCUGACUUUGUGAGGCAACUCUUGAUUGGCUUACCUACCCAGGCUCUGGGACUGACAUUGUGCAGCUUCAUUAGUGCUUUGGGUGUGGAUAUUAUUGCUCAAGUGGAAGCCAAAGACUUUGGAGCAGAAAGUAAAGUUUCCGUUGAUGAUCUCUGUAAAAAGGCUGUGGAGCACAACAUUCAGAUCUCCAGAUUUUCCCAGCUCGUGAUGAACAGAGCUACUGUCUUAGCCAGCUCUUAUGACACUGCCUGGAAGAAACAAGACUUGGUGCGCCGUCUAGAAACAAACAUUGCUUCCUGUAAAACCAGUAUGCAGCGCGUGCAGCUUCACAUUGCAAUGUUUCAGUGGCAGCAUGAGGACUUCCUGAUUAGUCGCCCACAAGCAACAUCAGUUACUCCCCCUCCUCGCUCUGCCAUCUUAACCAGCAUGAAGAAGAAGCUUCAUACUCUUGGACAGAUUGACUCGUCUAUUGCAGCAGUCCAGGAAAAACUAGCUGCUUUAGAAGCCAGCAUUGAGCAGCGCUUGAAAUGGGCAGGAGGAGCAAAUCCUGCAUUGGCACCAGUUCUUCAAGACUUUGAGGCUACUAUUACAGAGAGAAGGAAUUUUGUACUGAAGGAAAACCAAAGAACAAACCAGGUCACAUUCCUUUGUAGCACCAUUAUACACUUUGAAAGUUUACGCACUCGAACUACGGAGACUCUAAGCAUGGACACUGGUUUGUUUGAGCUCCUUAAACGUUGUCAACAGAUGUGCUCAUUUGCCUCCCAGUUCAAUAGCUCAGUAUCUGAGUUGGAGCUUCGACUUUUGAAAAGAGUGCAGGGACCUUCGAAUGAGAGUGCCAUUGGAAGUCCUGAAUGGCUGGUUUCUGCCCACAAGCAGUUGAGUCAUGAUAUGUCAAAUCAGAGGAAUCUACAGAGCGAGAAGGAGCAGCAGAUUGAGGCAGUGUGUGAAACAAUUCAGAAUUUGGUGGACUGCAUCAAGACUGUGCUGACUGGUCAUAACAGGCAGCUGGGAGAUGUCAAACACUUGCUGAAAGCAAUGGCAAAGGAUGAAGAGGCAGCCUUGGCAGACGGUGAAGAUGUGCCCUACGAGAACAGCGUCAGACAGUAUUUGUGCGAGUACAAAUCCUGGCAAGAUAACAUUCAGACGGUUCUGUUUACUCUGGUUCAGGCUUUGGGCCAAGUGCGCAGCCAGGAACAUAUAGAAAUGUUGCAGGAAAUAACACCAACUCUGAAAGAGCUGAAAACCCAGAGCCAGAGUAUCUAUAACAAUCUGGUGGGUUUUGCAUCACCUUUGGUAACGGAUUCAACAAACGAGUGUGCUAGUCCGACUGCAUCCUCAACAUACCUCCCCAGUUUUGCUGCAGCUGUGCGUAAUAACACUGCCCCAAAAACGCAGCCAGAGGGCAUGUCACAGAAUGCAAAAAAGACAGUCCAGAAAAAUUUGGUGCCAUCAGCAGAUACUCCACCGAGCACUGUUCCAGGGCCUGGCAAGAGCAUUGUUUCUAGUCCAAAGAAAGCAGUGCGGGAUCCGAAGACUGGCAAAGCUGUACAAGAGCGCAAUUCUUAUGCUGUCAGUGUUUGGAAACGAGUGAAAGCCAAGCUAGAGGGAAGAGAUGUGGAUCCCAACAGAAGGAUGUCUGUUGCUGAACAGGUGGAUUUUGUGAUUAAGGAGGCAACAAAUCUAGAUAACCUGGCUCAGCUGUAUGAAGGUUGGACAGCUUGGGUGUGAAUUAGAAGACGGCAGACCAGCCUGGUUCAGCACAGUCGGCAAUCCACCAGAAUCAGUCAAGUCUCAGGCAUCCACAGCCGCGCCAAGGCCGGUGGUGAUGUAUACUGGGGCUUAAUAUGUGGUAAUCUAGGAAAUCCUGGUGCAGUGGGAACGGGAAUCCCACAGGAACGCUGCACCCAGAGCAACGUUAAACACCAGUGGUCAGCAACCCCAAGGGCACAGAGUACAAUGCUCACCGUCUGGGUAAAGUGAUUGUCUUUCUGCUGUGGAAGAUCUGACAGUACAGCUGAGAAAUUGCUGCAGAAAGAAAUCGGCAUCCUCCAGACCGCAUGGUGAUCUAGAACUCUUCCAUGUGACCCUGUCAACAAUUGAAGAUAUGCUAAACCCUGUUCGUCAAGGGGGGAACACUGGGGGCCAUCAAGGAUUUGCAGUGAAGAGGAUGCUGUCCGUUUCUUGGGUUACUCUUGUUGCUUGGCAAUGCUGCUGGUUGAGUUGGCCAGCUUAGCACAGAAGAGGCUAGGAGAUGAAGCAUGGCCUCUGAAAACUAGCUGAAAACAGCCAAAGAACAGAAUUGUGAAGUUAGGUGGACUUCUGAAAAGAAGAAAAAAACCUUGUUUUCCAUUCUUUUCUUCCCCUCAUUUCUUGUAGUUAGGAUACCUGGUUACUUUUCACACUGUAUUCAUACUAACACUUUUGUUUGGUAGCUGGGCAUAUAUCCAGAGACACUUAAUACUUUUCAGAAGUAUUUCAUUCACUUAGUACCCAAUGCAAAAAAUAUAUCUUGCCUUUUUUGUGUGACCCAUGCAAAAAUACAUGAAGGAUCAACCCAAUACAUUGAAAUAAGCCCAGCACUGAUUCUGCUUCUCAAAAAUCUACAUGACCCACACCAACAUUUGUGUGUUUCCAUACGCUUAACUGAUGUGCAUACUCCUCCCCUCCUUUCUCGCUCUUUUUUUGUUUUUUGUUUUAAUAGCAUAGUCUAAGUAGUUAAGCUUGUCACUUGAUGACAGUUAUAAUAAAGUGAACUUCUGGUGGAGGUAGACUGCAAUGGUGUUUAAUUUACAUUUUGAAUGAAGAAUAUUUGUUUUACACUUAAGCCUUUAACACCUCCAUGCUUGGUUUUAACCCUUCUAAUAUUACCCGAGAAGUAUGGCUUUCUGCCAGAUAUACGUUACUUUAAUUUGUGAGGUCUUAAGACCUUGUGUGGCAUAUGUUCUGUUUAAGAACGUUUGUUAAUAGGUCAACAUAUUCUAUUUUUGUAAUUCAGCUCAUGUACAGAACUUGGGUAUUCUAAAAUGGUAGAGGCAAGUGAAAGAAGAGACGUGUUGCCCAUAGUAACGAGUCAGGUUCUUGUUUUCAUCUUUAAAAACCUGCACUACAGAAAUGAUGGCUAGAAUCCAGUUUCUGUGGGAAGAAAAUCCACUUUCCUGCAUUCUUUUCCAUGUUUUUAUAUGACAAGUUAAUCCCUCACAGAAAAUUGCAAGAUUUUCCUUUAAUGAGAUCCAUUAAAGUACCGUUAAUUAAGAUUUUAUUUGGCAUUUCCUUCUGGAUACAUUUUCUAGUACAUUGCACAUGGGUGGCUAUGAGAACAGUGUUUUGCAGAUGUUCACAUAAUGUGAUUCCUUUAUUGUCCUUUUAUUAUUUUUUUUUUAUUUUUAUUUUUCAUUUUUGUUGUCUGAAUCUGAUUUGGUGAUGUUGAAACAGAUCCAUUCUAAUUUUAAGUGUUUUCUUUCAGUCAUCCCUACUGGGUUUCUUUUUGUGCCCCUUUCCCCCCACUUGUAUUGCCUACAUGUUUGUGACUUUUAAAUUGUUUUUGGGUUUAAUACAAGAGCACACAUGUCUGUUAAGAAGAAUAUCCAUUCAACCAGCAGUUGCCGUUAGGGAAAACCGUUUAUACCAGCAAUAUUUUAGAUAGUAAGCAUUUUGUGUGUGUAUCGUUAAUCCUCCCUGCCACAGAGGUCUGCAGCACAUCACUGUAUUGUAACAGUCCUCUUUGACAACAGGAGCAUUAAGUCUGCUAAUGGCAAUCUUUUCUCCCAGUCUGAAGUAUUAACAAAUUCUAAUAUUUGCAGUUAAUGAAAAUGUCAGUUUGUAUAAGAAUGACAGCCUUAUUUGCUCUAGUUGGCUGGCUAAGAGUACUUAAACGCUGAGUAAUGCAUGCCUGUCUUGUGUACCAGCAGACACUGCUAUACAGUUAUGGUGAUGGUAAGACUUUGUAUGUCAGAAUUCAAUGUAAUGGAAUUUAACUUUACUCCCACAAGCGAAAAUCCUUUUGUGAGCUGUAGAUAAAAGUGAGGAAAACCUGCAUUACUUUAAUUUCUUCUGAGAUGUUAACGUUUAAUGCACUUCAGACACCUGUAAUAUUGCAUUUCUACUUUCAAUUACAAACAUCUAUGAAGAAUCAGAUUCUUAAUUGUUUAAAUAAAAUACUUACGAUUAAUGCAUAA